GGGGUUAUGUUUUGAAAUUCAGUACGGCAUUGGAAGACCUAGAAUACCUCCCCAGACAUGUUAAAAGUAGUCUUUAAGCAUGCUAAAUCAUUGUACAGUUAGUGGAGUGGUUACAAAGAGGGUAAAAACUUGCACUGGAAGCGGAACUUAUUCGGGGCUUACACUGUAAACAUCGCAUGUAUGGCUUCUCGUCGUUCUACAACGUGGUCGUACUUGGUUGCCCUUUUGGUGUUUUGCACCGUGUUAAACCAAGCAGCUGCUCAAUUGAACAUGUUUAUUUCAAAGGAGGAUGCUAAGACGUAUAUGAAGAUGGAGUUCCAAGGGAAGUUGUACAUCAUUCAAGCCGGAGCCCCGGUGACCAUGGUGCAAAAUCCUAGUGCAUUUUAUCGUUUUAUGGCACCAAUAGAACCAUCAGUUUCUGAGGUUCAGAUAACCUGGUUCUCUUCCCCGCAGGUCUCGCAUUACAGCAUGAGUUUCAAAUCAAGUGACACCAGCAUCAUGCCUGACCCAGUGCCAGUAAUUCCUUUGCAAGGAAUUGUUCCACAAACCAUCUCAGUUUUCCCAGUUUCCUUCCUUUGUUCUGGUAAAAAGGGAGGAGCAGUGGACAUGACAUUCUCCCUUAACUACACCAAGGUUGACACCAGUUUAGGAGAGACUGAUGACACAAAAACAUUUGUCAUUGUAGUCCGAAGACUUUGUCUUCAAACAGGUAAAGAUGGCCAUGAUAUUAGUGACAAAGAUGUUGUAACCAAAAAGAUUACCUCCUCACCCUGGUCACGUGGAAUGAUAGUGGGGCUCUGUGCCGGCAUGACACUUGUCAUCAUACUGAUAGUGGGACUUGCCCUGUUGUGCCGGUACAGUUUGAGGCAGCGAAAGCUGAAGAUGGAGUUUGAAGAUGACAUGGAAAUGUACCGCAGCAGCAGCAGCAGUUCGUCAAAGAUUUAUAAGAAAGACGAAGAAGAAGAUGAUGUAGAUGAAGCAGUAAAUACUUCCAAAUCUGGGCUCUUUUAUAGUCCACCAAAACCAAAGUUCUCACCUUCAGAAGGGCGUGGUCGUGCAAAUACCAGUGGCAGUGACUCGUCAAUAACAAAUUUAAUAAUUCCAGAGGAAGACAGCGAUGUACAUUUAGUAGAACAACCAGAGGGUAAAUACAGUAACAGGGAUGCAAGACAUGGAACAAGACAUAAACACAAAAGACUUCAUGAAAGAUCAUUUAAAGGAGAUGCAAAGUACAGGAUCCAAGAAAGACCGUCUUCAUUAUUAUCUCUUGAGACAGAAUCUUUGUUGGAGAGGAGAAAUACUCCUGAUGAAGUACAAAACACAGAAGGACUAUUCACUGUCUUGAAUGAAUUUUGGGCGACAGAACUUGCUGAUAUUCUACUGCCACGAGAUCAAGUGUCGCUAGGCGACCCCCUAUACAGAGGAACCUUUGGAUGUUUAUACAAAGGCUCUGUUAGGGGACUCAGUGUAGAACAGCCUCGCAAAAAAUUAGGAGUGUCAAUCAAAGCGCUUCAAGACGAGGCAGAUAUGGAUACCAUCACAUCUUUCAUGCAGGAAGCCAUGAUCAUAAAAGGCCUUAAACAUCCGAACAUUGUGGAGCUUGUGGGAGUGGUUCUUCAACGAGCAGCUCCACCUUACAUCAUAACACCAUUAACACGAAAUGGUGAUCUAGGGCACUUUUUAAAGAUUUCAAGAGCUACCUCUGCCAGAAUGCAGACAAUUACCUCUCGCCAACUGAUUGAAUUUGGAAUUGAGAUCUGCAAAGGAAUGGAUUACAUCACUCAAAAGCAGAUUGUUCAUAGAAAUCUUGCAGCAAAGAACUGCAUUGUUAAUGAUGACCUCAGUAUCAAGAUAACAGACUUCAGUUUAGCCAGAGAUGUGAACUCAACCAACCUAAAUGACAAAGGCAUACGCUCCAGGUUACUUGUGAAAUGGACAGCCCCAGAGGGUCUUGCAGAACAAGGACAAUUUUCAGAGAAAAGUGAUGUGUGGUCAUUUGGUGUUGUCUUAUGGGAGCUCGUGACUCUGGCUAAAGCACCCUAUCAGGCAAUUGAUAAUUCAAAAAUGGAGCAGUAUUUGCAAGCAGGACAUCGACUACCGCAGCCGAGUAACUGUCCAUAUGACUUAUAUUUCUUAAUGAAAAAUUGCUGGGAACCAAGUCCAACAGCAAGACCAACAUUUAGCUUGUUACUUAAGCAGUUGGAGUACUAUGUCACAAGACUUACUCAAAAUGGUGUCAAGUUUGAAUAUCUACUGGAGUCUAGCUGUUGAUGAAGGCAGCUUGGUUUAGAAGAGUUCAAACAUCGCCUAGAAAUGUUAUUUCAGUAAAUAAGUAAUUUUGUAUCAUUAUUUGUACCAUAACAAAGUAAUAAUUUUGUAUAUUGUAUAAAAUCAAAUUAUAGCAAUCUAAAAUUUAUUUAGCCCUCAGCUGAACCCUCAGUCAAGUAUUACAGACGUUUUGAGGUUACUUCUCAGGGUGAAUGAUUCAGUGGGUCAAAAUGGUCCAGCAAAGAAAUAUUGCUGGAUGUUUUGGAAAGUUUAAUUUGCAGUCCCACAUGGGUCCCAUUUCUGUGAACAAAAGCAUCAGGAUAGCUAUUGUUGUACCCCACUGUAAAAGGAGGUGUGAAGUCAUAGUUAAAAUGUUACAGUGUUUGGAUGUCAUAGUUCUUUUGUGCACGACAGAAUAACUCUUUUGUCUCCUGCUUAUGAGAAUUUCCUACUGAUUGUAGAAACGUUAAGAAUUGAAUUGAAAAGUUACUUUUCUCUGAGCAAAAUAUUAGAAAGUAGCGGAAAUAAUCCUUUUCAGCUGAAAUAAUACAGGCAGGGUGAUGUUUUUUUUUAAAUAAGUAUCUCGCUGUUCACAAAUUGAUCAAGAGAAAGUCAUGAUCAUCUUUAGUGGUAAUUCAACUCAACUGAAAGUACAGUAGUGUAGUUACUGGACCUUUGGCGUAUAUUUUUUGCCAGCCUUUUUCAAGGUGACCUUUAGUCAUUCAGUUUUAUUGAUCGACUGGGACUUUUAUGGUUAUUCUUUACACACGUUUCAUUCUCUGUAAAUAGUCAAAUUAUUGUUAUAGCACAUAUUUAUCUCCUCUUUUAUGCAUCAUAUAUAGUCAACACUUCAGUUGAUGUCUUGUAGUUGGAGCCAAAGAUCCAAUCAUCUGUUAGAUGUAGCUGAGUUUUCUUUUUUUUUUU